CAACACUUGCGCGGCAGCAUGCGAACUGAUUUUGUUUGUCUCUCGUAAAUUUAAAUACAAAAUGCGUUUUGCACAGAUUAUUGUUGGACCUGCGGGCAGUGGAAAAUCCACAUAUUGCAGUUAUAUGCAACAACAUGCCAUGGAUAGCAAACGUAACAUUCAAGUGGUCAAUUUGGAUCCCGCUGCAGAGCACUUCAACUACACUCCGCUGGCGGACAUCAGAGAAUUGAUACAUCUGGACGAUGCUAUGGAGGAUGAGGAGCUGCACUACGGUCCCAACGGUGGCUUAAUUUUCUGCCUGGAGUUUCUUAUCGAGAAUCAAGAUUGGCUCAAGGCUCAGCUUUGUGGCGGCGAAGAUGAGCUGAUGUUGGGUGAACCCGAUGAUGAUUACAUAUUGUUUGAUAUGCCUGGCCAAAUAGAACUAUUUACACAUCUAAAGAUGGGCAAACAGCUGGUGCAACUGCUGGAAUCGUGGAACUUUCGCACGUGCGUUGUCUUCUGUCUGGAUUCCCAGUUUAUGGUGGAUGGUGCCAAGUUUAUAUCGGGCACAAUGGCUGCACUAAGUGUUAUGGCCAACAUGGAACAGCCGCAUGUGAAUGUCCUGACCAAAGUCGAUCUUCUAAGCAGUGAGGCACGCAAGCAGCUGGAACUCUACUUGGAGCCGGAUACGCACAACCUGAUGGGUGAACUGACCAUUGGUACCGCGUUUGGCGAGAAAUAUCGCAAGCUAACUGAGGCCAUUGGAUCGCUCAUCGAGGACUUCAGUUUGGUGAGAUUUUUUCCGCUUGACACAGAGGACGAGGAGAGUGUUGGCGAUCUGUUGCUGCAGAUUGAUAGCAUAUUGCAGUAUGGUGAAGAUGCUGAUGUCCAAGUGCGCGAUUUUGAUGAGUUAGAAGAAAACGAUGAAGCUGAGCCUGAUAUGUAAUUUGCUGUCAAAUAAUAAUGUAAAUAAAUUUUAAAAUAGCAUAGAAUGAAAAAUAAUUU